UUCCUUUUUUGGUUUCCUUCCACACAGAGCGAGGAGGCGGCAGCGGAGCUCGUGCGAUUGGAUUCGCCUGGCGGAGUCUUGGAACCGGCGAUCGGGCGGGGCGGAGGAGAUGGAGGAGGGGAGGGAUCCGGCUAUCAAGCUCUUCGGCGCCACCAUCCCCGUGGUGGCUUCUGCCGCCGCUGCGGCGGAGGAAGACGACGUUAACGAGGCGGACGCGGAGGCUGAGGAGGAGACCGCCGUUUGUGCAGCGGAGGGUCAGAAGGAUGCAUCAAAAGAAGUAACAGACAAUGCGAUCAGCAACGUUUCACCUGUUGCACCAGCUGAAGAGAAUGAAGGUGCAUCAAUCAGUUCUAGUUUGACCAAUAGCAAUGAACAUGAGAAAAACACAUCCCCUACUGAUGAUAAAGAAACAGCAAAUGCUAAAUUUGAAGACACCGAGAAUGAGACUGAUUGUUCUGUGACCGAGAAGGUCCUCAAGAAGCCUGAUAAAAUUCUACCAUGUCCUCGAUGUAGUAGUAUGGACACCAAAUUCUGCUACUACAAUAACUACAAUGUCAACCAACCUAGACACUUCUGCAAGAACUGUCAAAGAUAUUGGACUGCUGGUGGAACAAUGAGAAAUGUCCCUGUGGGUGCUGGUAGGCGUAAAAGUAAGAAUUCUUCUUCACAAUAUCGUAAUCUAGUGAUCCCUUCGGAUGGAUUGCAGUCUGCUCAGUUGGAUUCUCUAAACUUGUCACACCAUCGUGCUAUUGGUUGCUUGCCUUCCAACCCUCCACGACCUCUGGUAGGAAAUGGAACAAUCGUUAAAUUUGGUCAGGAAGUUCCUCUUUGUGAAUCCAUGGCCUCUGUGCUCAACAUCGGAGAGCAAGUUCCGAAUGCUGAUUCUGGUUCCACAUUACACAGAGAAAACCGGGAAGAACCUUCUUGUGUGUCUUCUGCCACAGCCACCAAUGUGAAGGAAAAUAGACCUGUUAAAACUGCAGUAAAUGUGGAACAAAAUGGAACACAAAGUUUCCGUAACGGACUUACACCUUUACCACAUUUGCAGUGUUAUCCUGGAGCUCCUUGGGCUUAUCCAUGUCGGCCCUUAUGGAACUCGGUCGUUCCUGUGGAUGCCGGUAGAUGUUCAUCAGAAAGUUCUUGCACACCAGGGAAUGGCAAUUCAGGUUCAGUUCCUUGGAGUCCAGGAGCGAUGAUGGCGGUUCCUCCAUUUUGUGCAGGAACACUCCCUUUCCCUUCCGUGCCCGCUCCAUUCUGGGGCUUCGCUGCCUGGCCCAAUGGCACAUGGAAUGUACCUAUGGUCGCAUCCGACGGCUGCAAAUCUCCAUCAUCCUCUACAAGCAAUAGCAGUUAUUCUGGAACAGGCUCUCCGACUUUGGGUAAACAUUCCCGAGACUCGAGUUUGCUGAGUGAGGAGAAAAUGGAGAAGUCUCUAUGGAUUCCAAAGACUCUAAGGAUAGAUGAUCCGAAGGAGGCCGCAAAGAGUUCUAUAUGGGCGACCCUCGGCAUCAAGCCUGAUAUGGGUAGCAGCAUCUUCCAUUCCAAGGCUGAAAACAAGGUUCACAAAACUGAUGCUGAACAGGUAUUGCAUGCGAAUCCUGCUGCAUUCUCUCGGACGCAGUCCUUCCAAGAAACCACAUGAAGAGACACCUCAGAAGUUAUAGGUAAGCUUUUCGUCUCCAAAUGCAAUUGAAGAAAUGAAGUCAUUGCAUGGUGAGGAUUCGACACUGCUUCCAUUGCAAGCAAGGAAGUAGAAUAUCAUGAAGCACUCGCAACUAAAUUUGCCUCGGACUACUUGUGAAACUAGCAGGCACAACCGCAAGGCUUGUCGAAAUCUCUAUAUUGUUCGAGAACUCCUGUAAAUACAAGAUCAAAGUAUUUGUCUGUAAUUUUUGUUCUUGAUAUAAUUUUACACUCUCAAGUAUCACAGGUGUAGCCAACCAUGACAGAAAUAUGAACUCAUAAACGUAGAAAUAAAGCUUAUCUGUGCAGUGUAAGUUACAGGUGAGCUUGAGUUCUGAUGCA